AAUGUAUCUAGAACACUAUCUGGACAGUAAGAAUGUUGUCUUUUUAGUCUAAAUGCGACACAACAGAUAUCUCCCGCGAUCUUAUUAUUUAGCAUGCAUAGAGAAUCUCCCGUUUGAACUGCAGAGGAACUUCCAGCUGAUGCGGGAUCUGGAUCAGAGAACAGAGGAUCUAAAAGGACAGAUUGAUUCUCUGGCUCGGGAAUACACAGCCAACGCUAGGACUCUGUCAUCUGAACAGAAGCUGUCGCUGUUAAGACAGAUCCAGCAGUCUUAUGGGAAGUGUAAAGAGUUUGGAGAUGACAAGGUCCAGCUUGCGAUGCAGACUUAUGAGAUGGUGGAUAAGCAUAUCCGGAGGUUGGAUACAGACCUGGCUCGCUUUGAGGCUGACCUGAAGGAGAAACAGAUAGAGAGCACCGAUUACGACUCAGCCUCCAGUAAGAGCAACAAGAGUGACCAUCGUGGACCCAAGAAGAAGGAGGUCACUCGCACCAGGUCAAAGGUCAAGAGCUCUGACGAUGACUGCAGCUCAAAGAAUGGGCAGAAGAAGGUCAAACUCUCACAAGGCUCCGAGUUUUCCACUCCGGCUGUGAACUUUGGGAACGUGCAUCCCUCAGAUGUGUUGGACAUGCCUGUGGACCCCAAUGAACCCACAUAUUGCCUCUGCCACCAGGUCUCAUAUGGAGAAAUGAUUGGCUGUGACAAUACAGACUGUUCUAUUGAGUGGUUCCAUUUUGCCUGCGUUGGACUGACCACCAAGCCCAGAGGAAAAUGGUACUGCCCAAGAUGUUCACAAGAGCGAAAGAAAAAAUGAACAUGCAAAACAGAUUUCACAAAGAGGGAUUUAGAGGGAGAAGCAAGCAAUGGUUGUGUUUUAAUGCUCUCCGUAGACACUAAUAUAGAUCUAUUCUCUGCUUAAAUUAAUAUUUCAGGUGUGAUACAAGUUAAGCUUAAUAAACAGCAUUUAUGGCCUA